UUUCAGAAAUACCGACAGUACAUGGCAGGACUUCUGGCUCCUCCUUAUGGUGUUAUGGAAACGGGCUCUAACAAUGACAGGAUUCCUGACAAGGAGAAUACACCUCUCAUUGAACCUCACGUUCCUCUUCGUCCUGCUAACACCAUUACCAAGGUCCCUUCAGAGAAGAUCCUCAGGGCUGGAAAAAUUUUACGAAACACCAUUCUCUCUCGAGCACCUCACAUGAUAAGAGAUAGAAAAUAUCACCUAAAGACAUACAGACAAUGCUGUGUGGGGACCGAGCUGGUGGACUGGAUGCUGCAGCAGACGCCCUGUGUUCACUCCCGCACUCAAGCCGUCGGCAUGUGGCAAGUCCUGGUGGAAGACGGUGUUCUCAACCACGUGGACCAGGAGCAUCAUUUCCAAGACAAGUAUUUAUUUUAUCGCUUCCUGGAUGAUGAGCACGAGGACGCGCCUUUGCCGACGGAGGAGGAGAAGAAGGAGUGUGACGAGGAGCUGCAGGACACCAUGCUGCUGCUGUCCCAGAUGGGCCCCGACGCCCACAUGAGGAUGAUCCUCCGCAAAUCACCUGGCCAGAGAAGUAUGGAUGACCUAGAGAUUAUCUAUGAUGAGCUCCUUCACAUUAAAGCCUUAUCCCAUCUUUCUACCACCGUGAAACGGGAGCUAGCAGGUGUUCUCAUCUUUGAGUCCCAUGCCAAAGGAGGCACCGUGUUGUUUAACCAGGGGGAAGAAGGUACCUCCUGGUACAUUAUUCUAAAAGGAUCAGUGAAUGUAGUCAUUUAUGGAAAGGGUGUGGUCUGUACCCUGCAUGAAGGAGAUGAUUUUGGCAAGUUGGCACUAGUGAAUGAUGCCCCGAGAGCUGCCUCUAUCGUUUUGCGAGAAGAUAAUUGCCAUUUCUUAAGAGUAGACAAGGAGGAUUUCAACCGGAUUCUGAGGGACGUUGAGGCGAAUACAGUCAGACUGAAAGAACACGACCAAGAUGUCUUGGUGCUGGAGAAGGUCCCAGCAGGGAGCAGGGCUUCUAAUCAAGGAAACUCACAGCCUCAGCAAAAGUAUACUGUGAUGUCAGGAACACCUGAAAAAAUUUUAGAGCAUUUUCUAGAAACAAUACGCCUUGAGCCAGCUUUAAAUGAAGCAACAGAUUCUGUUUUAAAUGACUUUGUUAUGAUGCACUGUGUUUUUAUGCCAAAUACCCAGCUUUGCCCCGCCCUGAUGGCCCAUUACCACGCCCAGCCUUCGCAAGGUACGGAGCAGGAGAAAAUGGAUUAUGCCCUCAACAACAAGAGGCGAGUCGUCCGCCUGGUUUUGCAGUGGGCCGCCGUGUAUGGGGACCUCCUACAAGAAGAUGACGUGGCUAUGGCUUUCCUGGAGGAGUUUUAUGUGUCUGUGUCAGAUGAUGCCCGGAUGAUCGCCGCCCUCAAGGAGCAGCUGCCCGAGCUGGAGAGGAUUGUCAAGCAGAUUUCAGAAGAUGCAAAGAACCCACAAAAGAAGCACAAAGUUCUUUUGCAACAUUUCAACACAAGCGAUGAGAGAGCCCAGAAGCGCCAGCCUAUCCGUGGCUCUGACGAAGUUCUGUUUAAGGUCUAUUGCAUGGACCACACCUACACAACCAUUCGGGUGCCGGUGGCCGCCUCGGUGCGGGAAGUCAUCAGCGCAGUUGCGGACAAGCUGGGCUCCGGGGAAGGCCUGAUCAUCGUCAAGAUGAGCUCCGGAGGAGAAAAGGUGGUGCUCAAACCUAAUGAUGUUUCAGUAUUUACGACGCUCACCAUUAAUGGACGCCUGUUUGCUUGCCCGCGAGAGCAAUUCGAUUCACUGACUCCCUUGCCAGAACAGGAAGGCCCAACUGUCGGAACAGUGGGAACUUUUGAACUGAUGAGCUCGAAAGAUUUAGCAUACCAGAUGACAAUUUAUGAUUGGGAACUCUUCAACUGCGUGCAUGAGCUGGAGCUAAUCUAUCACACAUUUGGAAGGCAUAAUUUUAAAAAGACCACAGCAAACUUGGAUUUGUUUCUGAGGAGAUUUAAUGAAAUUCAGUUUUGGGUUGUCACCGAGAUUUGCCUUUGUUCCCAGCCCAGCAAGCGUGUUCAGCUCUUAAAAAAAUUUAUUAAAAUAGCAGCCCACUGUAAGGAGUACAAAAAUCUGAAUUCCUUCUUUGCCAUCGUCAUGGGACUGAGUAAUGUUGCUGUGAGCCGCUUGGCACUAACGUGGGAGAAACUGCCAAGCAAGUUCAAGAAGUUCUAUGCGGAGUUUGAAAGUUUAAUGGAUCCUUCAAGAAACCACAGAGCCUACCGGCUGACAGUGGCCAAGCUGGAGCCUCCUCUCAUCCCCUUCAUGCCUUUGCUCAUCAAAGAUAUGACAUUUACUCAUGAGGGGAACAAGACGUUCAUUGACAAUCUAGUCAACUUUGAAAAAAUGCGCAUGAUUGCAAAUACUGCCCGGACAGUGAGAUACUGCAGAAGCCAACCUUUCAAUCUUGACGCAGCUCAAGCUAAUAAGAACCAUCAGGAUGUCCGGAGUUAUGUACGGCAAUUAAAUGUGAUUGACAACCAGAGAACUUUAUCACAGAUGUCACACCGGUUAGAGCCUCGUCGACCAUAGACAUUUAAAGUGCCCAGAACAAUGGUUUGCCUCCAGUCCACAGUCUUUCAAAAAUGGCAUUUAUGCUACUGCUGACUGUAUUGUCACUAGAGAAUGCUACAAAGCAAGCAAAAACACAUCCUGAGACCGCUCAGGGCUGCAUUCAGCUUACCAGCGUCAUGACAAGAGAAGAAGUUAUUUGCAUCAAGCUUGCACUCUCUAGCAUAGGAAUCUCCAGUUUGUAGUUACCCGAUUUCAUUUCCAAUCAUGCCAUCUUCUUUGCUGAAGCAUAAAAUAAGACCUACAUGAAGAGUUUGGUAGAAAUACUACUGUCAAGAGAAAUAUCAAGUCUGACAAUUUUUUCUAAGAAUGUUUGCAAGGUAAGAUGUGCUACAAAUGGGAUUUAUUUGGAUACAUCAGUGGUCGUAUAGUUUCAUAUUUUUUAUCUCAACUUCUUGAUUUGGAGCAUGAGAAUUUUGGAAGGUGUUGAGGAAUUAAUAUAAAUCCAAAUUAUCGGUUGUAUUCUGCCAUCUUUAUAGUCUUCCCUCUGAAGGAAUUGAACCUGACCAUAUUCCUAUAAAACAUUAAGACUCUUUAUAUAAUUUAGGGAGGACCAGUCUGUAAUUUCUGAAUGAUAUAGAAUAAUAUUUAUGUUUACAAUGUAACUUUUUUAAACUUUCAAAUCAGGAUUACAUAAUAAAAAUUCCACUAAGAAACUCCAAGGUUCUUAAAAUUGCCAGUGUUUAGAUUAAAAAAAUAAUAAUACCAUUUCAGAAGAGCACAAUAUGCACAAAAAAUUUUUCAAAAUUAAAAUAUUUUCCUGGGCAUUAAAAAAUCUUUACUAUUGGCUAAUUAUUGUUACUGAUAAAAAAAUACAUAUUUUCUGGACUUAAAUGUUAUUACAA